CGAGUCCUCAAGGUUGGCCUCAAGGUUGGCAGCACUACACACAAUGGAGGCCGCCACAUUCGUCGGAGUCGGAGAGAUUUACGAAUAUCCUCCCCACAUCGCACUGGAUGGGCCGUACUCGGAGCCGCACUCGGACGUCGUCGAGCUUGAGCUCGAGUUGCGAGCGUGGCAUGUGCUAGCUGCCGUCGAUGCCCUGCUCCUCCUGUUCUCGGUCUCCGCCGCCCUUCUCGCGGCGAGUUGGAGGCCGGGCCGCAAGGUCAUGAGCAUCGCUGCAACUCAGGACGCUGCGCGACACAGCUUCGCUCCCGGCGGUGGCCCGGACGAGGAGGGCGGCGACGAUAGCGGCUGGAAGUUGGUGUCAUCCGCGGGGGUGGGGACCAAAUACGGCCUGCAAGUGUACACUCGAGGUCGAUGCGCGCAAGGGCGAUGUGGCGGCUGCGAGUGCAGGAUCGAGGCCACCGCCCCUCACGGGGUCGCUGAGAUGGCUUGCAUCUUUGGUGAGGUGGACCUGUUGCCGACCUGGCACCCUCUGGUCCCGCGCUCUGCCUUCCUCGCGCUCGACGCGGAGGCGUGUGCCUUCACUGGCGUGCUCGAGGCUGCCCUGCCUUGGCCCCUGCCACGGAUUGGUGCCGUCUUGGACCUCCAAGCUGACAUCGACCGCCUUGCAAACGACGGCGUCUUUCACGUCGAUGCGACUACCGACACAGAGAUCGAAAAGACCAGGCUGCCGCCUUGGGCGCGGAAGCUGCGUCUGGUCCCGAUCGACGGGACGCUUGCGAUUCGCUUCACGCCCGUGCGGGGUGGCACAAAGCUUGAGAUCCGCUACGCGAUCGACUUUGCUGCUCUGCCACCGUUGCCCUUUGCGCCAAAGCGCGCCAUCGACUGGCUCUUCUUCAUUGCGGGCCCGCUGGUUUGGGGCACAAUCACUCGCAUGCUCAGCAAGCAGCUGUCGGCGAAGAGCAGGAUCGGCGCGAGGCUUGCCAACGACUCGCUCGGGAUGUGGAGCCGGAUACGAGCUGGCGUGGGACAGGAGGCGCCGCACUGGAUCGCGGCCGCGCGUGAGGACCCGAAAUGCGAGGAUACGGAGAGGGUGGUGUACGAGGGCGUAGCGUAGGAGCCGGGCUGAAAAGGAGAAAAAAGC